CAGCACUGGGACCUGUUGGUUUAUAGCUUGAUAUGGACUUCAUUAAGCUGUUGCUCGGUCUUAUCUUAUCACUUCAUCAGUCAUGGUGCUGUGCCCUGACAGAGGCCAGUGGAACAUAAAGCUUGUAGACAUAGUUAUUUGCUGUUCAAAGUCUCCUUCCUCAUUUGAUCGGUCUUCACUGAGGAGCUUAGCAGCUCAAUCGUUACUCUCUGAACCUUUAGAACCCGUUUAAUGUUCUGUCUCGCUUCUUAACACUUCGCCGUGAUUUUGACUUGCCUUUAAUUUCUGCUUCUAUAUUUCCAUUCUACACGGACAGCACAAGUUUUAUCAGGGAGAAGAUAAGGUCUCCAGUCUACUAUGGAUGAGGAGAGAGAGGAGGGGGCUCCUACCUCUAAAACCACUCUGUCUGGGAAACAUGGCCACCAGAGCAAAGCUAAGAGCCCAGAGCAGCGGGAGGGAGCAGACUCCCCUGGACCCAGCUGUGUCUCCUUGAAGAGCGACCGCUCUAUGGAUCGUCCUCCUGACCUUAAAGAUGGACGCCCCUCUAGAGAGGAAGGAUUCCAGAAGGAGAGAGCGGACUCCCCUGGACCCAGCUGUGUCUCCAUGAAGAGCAACUGGUCUAUGGAUCGUCCUCCUGACUUUAAAGAUGGACGCCCCUACAGAGAGGAAGGAUUCCAGAAGGAGAGAGCAGACUCCCCUGGACCCAGCUGUGUCUCCUUGAAGAGCAACUGGUCUAUGGAUCAUCCUCCUGACCUUAAAGAUGGACGCCCCUCCAGAGAGGAGAGGCGUCCCCAGGAGAGGUCAAAGGUUACCAGUGCUCAGUCUGUACAGCAGAAUCAAACAGAGCUGAUCAAGAGGGCUGAGGAGAACGCACACGCUUUUCUAGACAACGAGCUGAAGAAGCUCUGGAGGGAUCUCUUCUCAGAUUACCCACAAUGCUCAGAGAGUCAGAGGGAGGAGGAGGAGGAGGAUGGUAAGAACGAGGAGCAGAGGAGGCGCGCCAUAGAGGGAGUGGUAGACAUCACAAAGCUCUGCCUGAUGGAGAUGAACCAGGAGGAACUGGCCGACAAGCUCGGGAGUGGAGCUGUUGCGGUCCAGUGGCAACAUGAACUCAAGGCUCAUCUGAAGAAGAAGUUCCACUGUGUGUUCGAGGGAAUCGCUAGAGCAGGAGAGCAGAGACCUCUGAAUGAGAUCUACACAGAGCUCUUCGUCACAGAGAGAGGCAGUGGAGAGGUCAACAAGGAACAUGAGGUCAGACUGAUUGAAAAGGAUUCCAGGAAGCAAGCCAAUGAGGAAACACCAAUCAGAUGUGAAGACAUCUUUAAACCUUUACCUGGACAAGAUAAACCAAUCAGAACAAUAAUGACAACCGGAGUGGCCGGCAUUGGUAAAACUCUCUUAACACAGAAGUUCACUCUGGACUGGGCCGAAGGCAAAGCCAACCACGACAUAGACUUCACAUUUCUCCUCACUUUCAGAGAGCUGAAUUUAUUGAAAGGGAAAGAGUUUAGCUUACUCAAACUCCUUCAUAAUUUUUCUGUUGAAACCAAAGAAUCAGGAAUCUACAGAUACGACCAUGACCAAGUAGUCCUCAUCUUGGAUGGUCUGGAUGAGUGUCGACUUCCUCUGGACUUCCAGAACAACCCGAUCUGGACUGAUGUCAAUGAGACGACCUCAGUGGACGUGCUGCUGACAAACAUCAUCAGGGGAGUCCUGCUUCCCUCUGCCCGCAUCUGGAUAACCACACGCCCUGCCGCAGCCAAUCAGAUCCCUGCUGAGUGUGUUGACAUGGUGACAGAGGUGAGAGGGUUCAACGACCCACAGAAGGAGGAGUACUUCAGGAAGAGAUUCAGAGAGGGGACACUGGCCAGCACAAUCAUCUCUCACGUCAAGAAAUCUCGAAGCCUCCACAUCAUGUGUCACAUCCCAGUGUUCUGUUGGAUCACUGCUACAGUUCUAGAGGACUUCUUCAAAACAUCCCAGAGAGGAGAAGAGGUGCCCAAGACCGUGACUCAGAUGUACAGCCACUUCCUGAAGGUUCUGUCCAUACAGGGGGACAGGAAGUAUCAUGGGCGAGCUGAAACCGAUCCACAAUGGAGUUCGGAGAGCAGGGAGAUCAUUAUUUCUCUGGGGAAACUGGCUUUUAACCAGCUGGAGAAAGGCCAGCUGAUCUUCUAUGAGGCAGACUUGGCAGAGUGUGACAUCGAUAUCAGAACAGCCUCAGUGUACUCAGGAGUGUUCACCCAGAUCUUUAAAGAGGAGUGUGGCCUGCACCAGGACAGGAUGUUCUGCUUUGUCCAUCUGAGCAUCCAGGAGUUUCUGGCUGCCCUUUAUGUCUUUCUGUCCUACAUCAACACUGGUGUCAACCUGCUCUCAGAAGAACAGCCAACCUCCAGGGAAGCUGAACUCCUCCUCCUCUACCAGAGUGCUGUGGACAAGGCCUUACAGAGUGAGAACGGACACCUGGACUUGUUCCUCCGCUUCCUCCUGGGCCUCUCUCUAGAGACCAAUCAGAUGCUCCUACAAGGUCUGCUGGGACCAAGAGGAAGUAAAUUGCUGGGCAAUCUAACUAAAAAAGAUCCACCGGGACAGACAGGAAGGAGGUCACAAAUCAAUACCCAAAUAGUCCAUUACAUCAAGGAGACGAUAGGUGGAGAUCUCUCUCAAGAGAGAAGCAUCAAUCUGUUCCACUGUCUGAAUGAGCUGAAUGACAGUUCUCUAGUGGAGGAGAUCCAACAGUACCUGACAUCAGGAAGACUCUCCACUGAAUCUCUCUCCUCUGCUCAGUGGUCAGCUCUGGUCUUCAUCGUACUGACAUCAGAAGAGCAGCUGGACGUGUUAUACCUGAAGAAAUACUCUGCUUCUGACGAGGGUCUUCUUGGGCUGCUGCCACUGAUCAAAGCCUUCAAAACAUCUCUAAGGCUGAACAGCUGUAAUCUGUCAGAGAGAUGCUGUAAAGCUCUGGCCUCAGUUCUCAGCUCCAACUCCUCUAGUCUGAGAGAGCUGGACCUGAGUACCAAUGAACUGUUGAAUUCAGGAGUGAAGCUGCUCUCUGCUGGACUGGGGAGUCCACACUGUACACUGGAAACUCUCAGGCUGAAUUGCUGUGGUCUGUCCAAGGGAUGCUGUGAAGCUCUGGCCUCAGCUCUCAGCUCCAACUCCUCUAGUCUGAGAGAGCUGGACCUGAGUUCCAAUGAUCUGCAGGAUUCAGGAGUGAAGCUGCUCUCUGCUGGACUGAGGAGUCCACACUGUACACUGGAAACUCUCAGGCUGAUUGGCUGUCAUCUGUCAGAGAGAUGCUGUGAAGCUCUGGCCUCAGUUCUCAGCUCCAACUCUUCUCGUCUGAGAGUGCUGGACCUGAGUACCAAUGAUCUGCAGGAUUCAGGAGUGAAGCUGCUCUCUGCUGGACUGGGGAGUCCACACUGUACACUGGAAACUCUCAGGCUGAAUGUCUGUCAUCUGUCAGAGAGAUGCUGUGAAGCCCUGGCCUCAGUUCUCAGCUCCAACUCCUCUCGUCUGAGAGAGCUGGACCUGAGUUCCAAUGAUCUGCAGGAUUCAGGAGUGAAGCUGCUCUCUGCUGGACUGGGGAGUCCACACUGUACACUGGAAACUCUCAGGUUGUCUGGCUGCCUGUUCACACAGGAAGGCUGUGCUUCUCUGGCCUCCGCUCUGAGCUCCAACCCUUCCCAUCUGAGAGAGCUUGACCUGAGCUACAAUCACCCAGGAGACUCAGGAGCUGCGCUGCUCUCUGCUGGACUGGAGGAUCCACGCUGGAGACUGGACACUCUCAGUGUGGAGCACGGUGGAGUGUGGAGGCUGAAACCAGCUCUAAAGAAGUAUGCCUGUGAACUCACACUGGACCAAAACACAGCCCACAGACAACUCUCUCUGUCUGAGGACAGCAGGAAGGUGACGCGGGGUGAAGAGAACCAGUCGUAUCCGGAUCACCCAGAGAGGUUUAACGUCCGGCCCCAGGUGCUGUGUAGAGAGGGUCUGACUGGCCGCUGCUACUGGGAGGUAGAGUGGGGAGGAUGGGUUGAUAUAGGAGUGGCAUACAGAGGAAUGACAAGGAGAGGACUGGGUAAUGACAGCCAGCUUGGUUGGAACACCAUGUCCUGGAGUCUUAUUUGUAAUGAGAAUGAUGAUGCUGCUGUCUACAGUGCCUAUCAUAACGGUAGUAUUUCAGCCAUACGUCUCCCCCUCCCUCGCUCUAACAGAGUAGGAGUGUAUCUGGACCGGCCCGCGGGCACGCUGUCCUUCUACAGAGUGUCCCCAGGAGGAGGAGGGUCCUCAGACACACUGACACACAUCCACACCUUCCAGGCCUCCUUCACCCAGGAGGUCCUCCUCCCUGGGGUUGGGUUACAUAAGAGUGGUUCCUCAGUGUCUCUGUGAGUGUCCAUUGUAGACACACAAACACACACACAGACCCAUGGAAAAGCACACACAUGUAGACAGUCAUAAACACACCCAAACCAACAAACACAUAUGUACACGGAAAUUAACACACACGCACACACAAACAAACACAUCGCACUCUAUAAACACACACACACACACAAGUACACAGACUUAUUCACACACACACACACACACACACACACACACACACACACACACACACACACACACACACACACACACACACACACACACACACACACACACACACACACACACACACACACACACACACACACACAUCCUUCAUGGAUCUAAACCCACAGCAGGUCUGUGUGUCGGUGGUAAGCAGCAGGUAACAUCAGUGUCUCUCGUGGUUCAUCUCUCAGCCCUCUCUGUGUUCAGCUGGGCUGCUGAGCGUCAGAUUAGAGGGGGCCGCUUGGGUCUGGGGGGUCCUCACAGUCCUGACGUUGUUGAGGACCAGCUGUUAAGGGGACGUUUGAAUACUUGUGGACCCAUGGACGUACCUGUAGUACAUCGGGUUGUUGAGCAGCAGCUGUUGAUGCUCUGAGGGGUCAACCCGUUCAGUGGAAGUACAACACUUUGUGAUUGAUUUAAAUACUCCACUGAACUCCAAAUGCUGCAUUUUAUUGGCGUUCUGAAAGGUUCAGCAUAAACCAUGAAAGAAAAAUCUUCCUUUGGGUUAAGCAGGUUGAACAAAGAUUUACUUUCUGAUGUAAAAUGUGUUUUAAUUGUUGAUUGAUGGUACGCUAUUUUCCUACAAUAUUUUAUAUAUUUUCAACAUUGUUUUAAAGGAAUACAAAAUCAGUUUAUAUUUUGCCAUGCCUGACAUGGAACGUGAUUUAAAGCAGAUUUAACAACAUAAUCAUGAAUGAUGAUAAGGGUUCUAUGGGAAAGGGUAACAAUGUUGUAAAUUACUUAAAACAGAAGAUAGUUUCUUUGUGUUCUGUUGGGAACAACAAGUCAACAUGUUCAUUCAUUAUGAUUUGUAAUUGUUCAUAAAGCAUAAUGUUAAUAAACAACUCAG